AUGGCGUCAAUACCCGUCACCGUUAGCCACCAAGGCACAAAGUACCAAGUCGAGAUCGAUACCUCGUCCAAUGGCGAAACCUUCAAGUAUCAGCUCUACAGUCUGACCGGCGUUGAACCCGAGCGACAAAAGAUUCUUGUCAAGGGCAGGCAAGUCAAGGAUGACGACGACAUGGCCAAGUUCGGCCUUAAGGCCGGCGCCACACUGAUGAUGAUGGGCAAGCCUUCCGGCGAGAACGCAGAUCUCGCUCGACCCAAGGAAGCAGUCAAGUUUGUUGAGGACAUGACCGAAGCCGAAGCAGCCCAGCAGGAAGGAGCCACUCCCGCAGGCCUCACCAAUCUGGGCAACACCUGCUACCUUAACUCGACCCUCCAGACCCUCCGAUCGAUCCCCGAACUCCAGACGGCCCUGACCACGCACAAGUCGGGUAGCGGUGGUGCCGGCAGUAGCUUUGGCCUCACUUCGACUGAUAUCGCCACUCAACUUACCGAUCUCUACAAGAACAUGUCGGAAACACAGGGCGCCAUUCCCCCGCUGACUUUCCUGAGUACACUCCGCAUGGUCUACCCCCAAUUCGCCGAGAAGUCCAAGACCGGAGCCGGAUAUGCUCAGCAGGAUGCCGAGGAGGCCUGGUCUCAGAUCAUUUCCCAGUUGAAGCAGAAGCUCUCCGAGUCUGAGGGUUCUUCGUUUAUCGACAGGUACAUGGCUGGAGAGCUUCAGUCAACUCUCGAGGCCGAUGAGCAGGCUGCCAGGGAUGGUGGAGAGGAGCCUGUCAAGUCAAGCGAAUCUUUCCUCAAGCUCAACUGCCACAUUGAUGCCUCAAUCAACCACCUUCGCGACGGUAUUAUGGCUGCUUUGACUGAGAAGUUGGAGAAGAAGUCUUCCGUUCUGGAUAGAGACACGACUUACACGAAGAAGUCGCAAAUUUCACGGCUCCCCAAGUAUCUUACGGUCCAUUUUGUGCGAUUCUUCUGGAAGCGAGAAGUGCAGAAGAAGGCCAAGAUCAUGCGCAAGGUCACUUUCCCCCACGAACUUGACGUUGUUGAGUUCUGCACCGAUGAGCUCAAGAAGGCUCUUAUUCCCGUGCGCGACAAGGUUCGCGAGAUUCGCAAAGACGAAGAGGAUAUUGAGCGUGCUCGCAAGAGACGCAAGAUCAACCCUGUCGACCGAGGCGAUGUUGCUGGAGCGUCUGGAGGUCCCGAGGGCAAGACAGCUUUGGAAAAGGCCAACGAUAAGAAGGCCGAGAGAGCUGGAAAGCCCGUGGCCAGCACUUCUGAUGCCGAUACAGAGAUGACUGAGACUUUCAAGACUGACGCUGAGGUCGAAGCCGAGAAAGAUGCGGCUCUCACUGUUGCCAAGAAGGAGCUCUAUGCUCUGGUGAACCAGGACCUGGCCAAGGACGAAGGCGCCAACCAGUCCGGAAUCUACGAGCUGCGUGGCGUUGUCACUCACCAGGGAGCAAGUGCCGAUAGCGGUCACUACACUGCCUAUGUCAAGAAGACGGCCCCUGUCGACCCCAAGACCGGUAAGAAGGGCGAGGAGGACGGCAACUGGUGGUGGUUCAAUGACGACAAGGUGUCCGAGGUUACCCCUGACAAGAUUGAUGCCUUGGCGGGCGGUGGCGAGUCGCACUCUGCCCUCAUCUGUCUCUACCGGGCCAUCCCUCUUCCGACGAUUGAUAAUGAAGGCAAGACCGAGUAG